AUGAAGCUAGUCAUUAUUGCUUGCACCCUAGCGGUUGUGCUGCAGUCGGCAGUGGCAACGCACGACAUUAACAUUCCCGUGCCGGUACCGGUUCCGGUAAUCAAGAAGGUUCCGAUCGUCAUACCGAAGAUUGAGCAUACCAAGGGCGAGAUCAUCAAGCACGUUCCGGAACCGAUCAUCAAGAAGGUGCCCGUUGAGAAGCACGUCGAGGUGGAGAAGGAGGUCGAGGUGAUAAAGCAUGUGCCGGUGACGAAGGAGAUCGUGGUCGAGCGACCGAUCGAGGUGAUCCGCGAGAUUCCAAUCGAGAAGAUUAUCAUCGAUAAGGUCGAGGUGCCGUACGAAGUGAUUAAGCACGUGGAGAAGAUCAAGCACGUUCCAUGCGAGAAGCACGUCGAGAUCAUUAAGGAGGUGGAGGAGAUCCGCGAAGUCCCGUACAAGCGGUUCGUCUUUGUCAAGAAACCCUUCCCGGUGGCGUACAACGAAAUCGAGGAGGUCCUCGUGCCGUACACGGUGCAGCCAGUCGAACCGGAGCCAGUACCGGAACCGGAACCCGUGCUUACCUCCCUCAAGCACAAGUUCGCGUCGCUACCGAACCCGGCCAGCUAUCUGCCCGAUCCGGUCGGUUUGUUUAAGAAGGUUUUGCAACAUUAG